CAAUGUCGCCGGAUCAUCAGGACAGAAAUAGACUCGGUGCGGAUCCUCUAACGCCUUGUGCCUUCCAACCCGGACUGGAUCUCUGUCUUUUACCCCAUUAUUUCAUUUCGCAGUCUUUACACAAUGGUCAUUAAAGUCUACCUGGCGUCCUCCUCCGGAUCAACAGCGAUCAAAAAGAAACAGCAAGAUGUUGUUGGGUUUCUUGAGGCGCUUAAAAUCGAUUACUCACAGCUUGACAUCGCUUCAAAUGAGGAGAAUCGCCAGUGGAUGAGGGAAAAUGUGCCAGGAGAAAUGAAGCCCACCAGCGGGAUUCCUCUUCCUCCUCAGAUCUUCAAUGAGCAGAUGUAUUGUGGGGAUUAUGAGACAUUCUUUAAUGCUAAGGAGGACAACGCAGUCUAUGAAUUUUUGGGUCUGACACCUCCACCAGGAUCAAAGGAGGCAAAACAAGCGGAAAAUUCACAAAAACUUCAUAAUGGAUCUGGCACAGAGGAACACCUUCACGAUGACGCAACAAGAAAGGAAAUUCAAGAAGCUGAGCAGAACGGUGACACACACCCAGCAGAGCUGGAGGAAGACGCUCCGGUCGAGACAGAUGCUCAAGAAGAGAAAGAGGAAGACGACGAACCAGAGGAUGAAGAAGAAGACGAGAGUAGAAAAGUAGCUGAGGAGGAAAACCAGGAUGAAGGAGAUGAAGACAAGGGAGAGGACAACCAUCUGGUCUCAGAGGACGAAGAAGAACUCCAAAAGCUUGAGGAGGAGGAACAGGGCUCAGAGGAGGCUGAAGACUAGAAUUCGGAAGUUUAGGAGUUGUGGAGCUGGAUCUUCCUGCAGAGCGUGAAGUACAGUAACAUGCCACCUGCCCUGGAGCUGUCUGCCAAAAUCUCCCACAAACACCUGCAUCAGAGCAUUGCUCAGGCCAAACGUGACGCCACUGCACUGGAGGAAAUGCACUCAGGACACACUAGCCGCCAACCGUAGUAAACGCACCUCAUCCCACAGCGAUGAGUUUGCCGAAUGCCUUUUGCUUUUGUUGUUCACACCCACCUAGUGUCGCUUGUUUCUAAGUAGCAUUGCAUUUUCAAAUGAAUGGGAAUGUAUUUUUUUAUUAUUGUACGGAUAGAUCGUAGUUUACGCUACGUCUGUUAAACUAACACGUUGAGACUGUUCUUAAGAGUCCCAAAUAGGACUCAAAUAUGCCAAACAUACACUUGCAAAUACUGUACUUCUUUGAGUGUGUAUUAUUGUUAAGUACACUUCCAUUCAAAAUUUUGAUUAUAGAUUAGGCUUAAAUAAAAUUCGUUUUGUAGUAAAUUGUGCAUUUGUAUGAAUGUCUUUACAAAACAAAAACUGUAAUUAUUAUAAUGAUAAAUAAAUGAAUUGAACUGGAUGGUGGAGACGAGUCAUAUGCAAGCGUCCACACCUUUGACUGGUAGUGUACCGUGCAUGUUUUUUAUUAGGCAAAAUGACACUGCUCAAUCUACUGUAGAGACUGCUUAAAGAUUUACCAUUUUAGCUCAAACCAUAGUCAAGUUAAAGUUUAAAUUAGACAAUAACAAUGUAAAAGUCCCAACCGCUCCAUUGUCUACAGUCUAUUAUGUCUGAUUUAGUUGCUUUCUCUGUAGUCAGUUGGCAGUUUUAAUGCACUUUGUAUGAGUGAAAAACCCUUAUUCGCCAUUAAAAGUUGUAAAGGCCCUGUCUGGUCUAUUCUGUUCUA